CACAAUGGCAGGCAUAAACCACAUCGUCAAAGUAGCCAUCAUCGGAGUAAGUCUCAACCCGAUUGUGCUACAUGUCUCUAACAUUCAUAGGCAAGUGGCAACAGCGGAAAAUACAUGACCUCUGCCCUCCUUACCGGUAAAAAGCACACCCUCACAGCCAUCACCCGCCACGACAGCAGCGCAACCUUCCCUCCAGGCAUUUCAGUCUCCAAAGUCGACUACACCAACCCCUCCUCUCUCGUCACCGCACUCAAAGGCCAAGAUGCCCUGAUCAUCACCCUCAGCGGACACACUCCCAACCUCCACGAAACAGAAAAGACCAUCGUCGCAGCCGCAGCCGAAGCUGGCGUUCCGUGGAUCUUCCCCAAUGAAUGGUCGCCAGAUACAGCAAAUGAAGACUUGGUCAGAGAUGUGUUUAUUUUUGGCUCCAAAGUCGCGACGCGGAAGGCGAUCACGGAGUUGGGAAAGAGCCGGUUCGUGUCUGUCUCGACGGGGUUCUGGUAUGAGUGGAGUUUGGCGAUUGCGCCGGCUUUUGGAAUUGAUCUUGUUAAGAAGACUGCAACGCUAUUCGAUGAGGGGGAGACGAAAAUUAGUGUUAGCACUUGGCCGCAGGUUGGAAAAGCAGUCACCGCUUUGCUCAGUCUUCCGAUUAAUUCCUCGGAGUCGAAUCCGGAGCCAUGUCUUAACGAUUUCGCCAACAGACUCAUCUACGUGAACUCCUUCAAUGUCUCCCAAAAAGACAUGCUUGAUUCUGCUGUCCGAGUCACUGGCACUCCGCUCUCGGAUUGGGCUGUGACGAAAGAGAGCGCCAAAGAGAGAUACGAAAGUGGGAUCAAAGAGAUGAAGGAGGGUAACAGAGUCGGCUUUGCGAAGAUGAUGUACACUAGAGUGUUCUACGAUGACGGAGUUGGCAACGUGGAGGGGAAGGGCUUGGCGAAUGAGGCGCUGGGGUUGGAAGUUGAAGAUCUGGAUGAGGCGACUGAGAGGGCUUUUGAGAGAGCGAAGACUGUACAGAUUUUUGGCUAA